UUUGUCCUGAUUGGCGCUCCAUAUUUGCGGUCCUCCUGACUGUUUGUUAAUUUUUUCUCUGCGGAAAGCAAGCGUAAUAUUUCCAUGUGCUGUGAUGGUUCUGUGAGAGGGGGGAAAGGAUGAGAAUGAGCGAAAAUGAAGACUCACAUAAUAUUGCAGUGAAGCUAUUCACAUUUGAAGAAAAAGAAUUACGGACACGGAUUACGGUUUCAGUCCCAGAGGUGCUGGAUCCACAGUAUGGGAUGUACGUUUGGCCAUGCGCAGUGGUACUGGCACAGUUCGUGUGGACACACAGAGCGGAACUGGAAGGAAAGACAGUGCUCGAGAUUGGUGCGGGGGUGAGCUUGCCAGGUGUGCUGGCGGCCAGGUGUGGGGCACAGGUGACGCUGUCAGACAGUGCCGAGCUCCCCCACUGCCUGGAUAACUGCAGGCGCACCUGCCAGGUGAACCAGCUGUCGGUGCCAGUGGUGGGACUCACCUGGGGGCAGGUGUCCUCCAGCCUGCUGCUCCUGCCUGCCCUCGACUUCAUCCUGGGAUCGGACGUUUUCUACGAGCCUGAAGAUUUUGAAGACAUCCUGUUUACUGUCGCUUUCCUGCUGAGAAGAAGCCCUCACGCCCAGUUUUGGACGGCCUACCAAGAGAGAAGUGCUGAUUGGUCCAUAGAAGCUUUGCUCCACAAGUGGAACCUCAAGUGUGUUGACAUUCCACUGGAGUCGUUUGAAGCAAACACAGAGCACCUAGCCGGGUCUAGCCUCCCGGGGAGUCACAUGGUACAGAUGAUGGUCAUCUCUCUGAAGGAGCCCUGGAAAAGAUGACAAAAUGAGCAGAGAGCAGUAUGGGAAAAAAAGAACUUUUGAACUUCUCAGGUCAUUCAGGAAUCGUGUCUCAUAGCUGGAGAUCUAUUUAUGACCAACUGCUUAGUUAUCUGGACUUGCCUUUGGAAAAUACUCUUCUGUAAAAUGCACUUGAAAACUUUGUAACGUCAUUGUUUAUAUGGUGUACAUAAAAUGUUCCAGUUGGUGCUAAUUGCAGUUUGGUGUUAUAUGAGCUGCAGGGUCUCUGCUGGCUUUUUGGGUCCAGAGGAUCUGUACGUGUCCUGUGUGCAAGUGGGCAGAUGACAAGCUCAGACAGAACUCACGCAGAUGCUACACACUCUGGUGUGGAGACCGGACCUUUUCUGAGUUACCCCUUAUGAAAAUAUAGCCAGACAUGUUUAAAUAUGGAAUUAAAAUUGUUUUAACAGUAAGACUGCAUGUCCAAGACCGAGUUGUGGAAGUAAUGGGUGCAGUGCUCAAUGUGAUGCGUGUGAAUGACAAUGUAUAACGUGGAGCAAGUAUUUUUUACCCACCUUGAGUCCUCCCACAACUUACUAGUGGGUACUGAUUGGGAGCCAAUGGGAAAGGUGAUAGCUCAAACACCAUGAUUGGAGUACCAUCUCUUCAGUUAUAAAACGACAGUGGAUUUACAUCGUAAUGCUCAAAUAGCACCAGUAAAUAUUGAGAUUGCCAAAACGGUUAACUGAAGUAAGACUGCUACAUUACCAUUCUUGUAUGGUCAUAGAUGUAAUCAUUUGUUUCCAUAGGCUGUCUUGGCUACAUCUAUGCAGAAUGCAAACUGCUGUUUUAUGGAUAAUUGCAUGCACUUGAUUUAUUUUUAGUACAAGUCUGAACUACUUGGAGCUACUUGGCCAUUUUGGUACUUUCAAUGAUCAAUGGGAUUUGAAAGUAAUGUUCAAAGCUAGUGAGCUACACAUCUUCACAGUGAGAAAGUGGGUUUGCAUUUUGUAUUUACUGGCAAAGGGUUAAAUGAUUAAAUUCCAAGAUCUGGAUGUAAAUAUUUGAAUGAAGUGCCCUUGGAACACAGUACUUAAAGGAAUAAAAGGGAGCUGGUGUAAGAA